AUGAACAUCCAGGGAAAAAAACCGCAGAGAAAAAAAAAUCUCGGGGUGGUUGAGGAGUUCAUGGAGAUAGAAAAGAAAAAAAAAGAAUUUUGCAUUUUCUACAUAUGCGAAAUAUUAAAUGGUAUAUAUGGAACAUACAAAAAGAACAAACCUGUUUACAUACAUUUCAUAUGCUCACAAGAAAAAGAAAAUAAUAACUUCGAAAAAAAACAAUUAUUUUAUUAUACACCAAAUUCAGUACUAGAGCAAUAUUUCCCAGAUCAUUUUCAAAAUGUGUAUUUUCUUUGCGCACAUUAUUCUAUGUGGAAAAACAAAUUAAAUAAUCAUGACAAGAAAAAUGAAAGUGGAACUCCCCUUGGCAUUUUUAAUGAAGAAUCAGAUAAACAAAACAAUGGCAACAAAAAUGAUCAAAGGAAAAAGUACUCUUGUCAAAAUGAAGAAACAUUUUAUUUUAUUUUUACUUUUUACAUGCAACCAAAUUUUAUGUGGGAAGAAAUUAAUAUGCCCAUAUUUCACGAUAAGGGAUAUAUUGAGUGUAAGUUUGAUUGUAUAGAUAAUAUGAUCAAAUUGAGUGAUAAUAUGAACUUAGCACAGAAAGUUAAGGGGAGUGCCCGAAACCAAACUUUGAUUCAGUGUAUUCGUGAAGGAUUCACAAAUAAAGAAGAUCCCAACAUAAGGCACAAAGGGAAUGUACACCUCCUACCAUUUUUUAUAUCAACUCAACAGUUAUAUAAAAACUGCCGAGUAUGUCAAACCAGAGUUAUAAGUUUUAACGAAAAGGACAUAUAUUGCAAAAUUGACAAAGAGGAAAAUUUCCCCAGACAACUUUUGCUUCUCGUUAAGAAAAAGCUACAGAAAAGACUCAAGAACAUGCAUGCAGAGGUAAUACAAACAGGAGAAAACAAAAAAAUAGAAAUAAAAAAAAGGAAAAAAGAAUAUGAAAAAUCACAAAAAAUCACCAGUUUAGAAUUUAUUGACAAAGAUAAAAAAAGGAACAAAUCAUAUACCACCACGCGAGGAAGGCAAAAACAAAAUGUUACCCACAUGGAAGAAGAAGCCAAGCAUGUCAGAGAUAGCCUCACUGGAAUUGAUUGCGCAGAGAUACAACAGUUAAUCAGAUGCACGGAUGCAAUUUUUGAAAGAAGUAUCUCAGACGAACAAAUGGAAAAAUUGCUCUUACAAAUUAAGAGCAAGGGAUAUACUCGAAACAUGUGCAGUGCCAUCAUUCACAGCAUCCCGAUUCAUGGUAGUGCCAUUCACAACAUCCCCAUUCACAGUCGUGCCAUUCCCAAUCGUUCCAUUGCAACCGUUCCGGUUAUUCCCGUUAUGCCCCAUCCCCACAAUCAGGAAAUAACAUCAAGAAGCACUCACAUCACAAAUAAUCAAGACAUGAACAAGUAUUUGGGUUUGGGUGAUUACUACAAAUACUUUGCUUCAAGCAAAAAUGAAUUAAAAAAUACGCUGCAAGAUCCCUGGCAGCUUGGAAUUGGUGUGAAGAAGACAAUAAAAAAAAAAAAAAAAAGCGAGUGA